CCCCGGCACCGAUGUGACUCUGGAGCUGGACACCUGGAUCGAUAAGUUCUGCCUGGACGCCGACGUCUUCGUUCUGGUGGGAAACGCUGAGUCGACGCUGAUGAACACGGAGAAACUGUUCUUCCACAAGGUCAGCGAGAGAAUCUCCAAACCCAACAUCUUCAUCCUGCACAACCGGUGGGACGCGUCGGCCAGCGAGCCCGAGUACGUCGAGGAGGUGAGGAAGCAGCACCUGGACCGCUGCGUGAGCUUCCUGUCCGAGGAGCUGAAGGUGGUCGGGAUGGAGGACGCCCCGGGGAGGAUCUUCUUCGUCUCGGCCAAAGAAGUCCUGAACUCCAGGAUGCAACGAGCACAGGGCAUGCCUGAGACAGGUGAGACAG